CCUUGCCUGGGGCGGGGACAGCGUUGUUCGGUGGCCCCGAGGGCGCAGCGCAGAGGAGCAGGGGCCACAGGCGGCGGACCCGGGCCUGCUGCGGGUGCUGCUUCUGCUGUGGCCGGCGCCCGAGGCAGACGGAACGUCCUUUCUUCUUGAGACGUGGUUAAUUGCAUCAGGUUGGAUGUGAAUAAUCCGGUACCUGUCUGAGGACGUUUUGCGUUUCCAGGAAUUUGUGUUCUUGGGGAAGAUCCUGACGAAGCCAUUUUCCAGUGGCACCUCUUCCACCGUGAGUUCCUGAGGCAGUCUGAUGGGGCUACUUUAUUCCAGAACAAUCACAAUUUGCUUGUAAAUGCAUCACGAAGAGGCAGCUCAGAAUGAAGAAAGCAAGCAGGAGUGUUGGCUCAGUGCCUAAAGUGUCUGCAGUAAGUAAAACGCAAACAGCAGAAAAAAUUAAACCUGAAAACAGCUCUUCAGCAUCUACGGGAGGCAAACUUGUAAAACCUGGAACAGCAGCAUCAUUGUCAAAGACCAAGAGCAGUGAUGACCUUUUAGCUGGAAUGGCCGGAGGGGUAACGGUGACUAAUGGUGUUAAAGGAAAGAAAAGCACCUGCCCAUCUGCAGCACCUUCAGCAUCUGCCCCUGCCAUGACCACCGUGGAGAACAAAUCCAAGAUUAGCACAGGCACAGCUUCUUCAACCAAGCGGAGCACUUCUACAGGUAAUAAAGAAUCCAGUUCUACUAGAGAAAGAUUACGUGAACGUACCCGAUUAAACCAGAGCAAAAAACUACCUUCUGCAGGUCAGGGAGCUAAUGACAUGGCAUUGGCCAAACGUUCCCACAGUCGAACUGCUACAGAAUGUGACGUUCGUAUGAGCAAGUCUAAGUCAGACAAUCAGAUCACUGACAGAGCUGCUUUGGAGGCCAAAGUGAAGGAUCUUCUCACACUGGCAAAAACCAAAGACGUAGAAAUUUUACAUUUGAGAAAUGAACUGCGAGACAUGCGUGCCCAGCUGGGCAUUAAUGAGGAUCAUUCUGAGGGUGAUGAAAAAUCUGAGAAGGAAACUAUUAUGGCUCACCAGCCGACUGAUGUGGAGUCCACUUUAUUGCAGUUGCAGGAACAGAAUACUGCCAUCCGUGAAGAACUCAACCAGCUGAAAAAUGAAAACAGAAUAUUAAAGGACAGGUUGAAUGCAUUGGGCUUUUCCCUAGAGCAGAGGUUAGACAAUUCUGAAAAACUGUUUGGCUAUCAGUCCCUGAGCCCAGAAAUCACCCCUGGUAACCAGAGCGAUGGAGGAGGAACUCUGACUUCUUCAGUGGAAGGCUCUGCCCCUGGCUCAGUGGAGGAUCUCUUGAGUCAGGAUGAAAAUACGCUAAUGGACCAUCAGCACAGUAACUCCAUGGACAAUUUAGACAGUGAGUGCAGUGAGGUCUACCAGCCCCUCACAUCGAGCGAUGAUGCGCUGGAUGUACCAUCCUCCUCAGAGUCGGAAGGCAUCCCCAGCAUAGAGCGCUCCCGGAAGGGGAGCAGCGGGAACGCCAGUGAAGUGUCCGUGGCUUGCCUGACUGAACGGAUACACCAGAUGGAAGAGAACCAGCACAGUACAAGUGAGGAACUCCAGGCAACCCUGCAAGAGCUAGCUGAUUUACAGCAGAUUACCCAGGAACUGAAUAGUGAAAACGAAAGGCUUGGAGAAGAGAAGGUUAUUCUGAUGGAGUCUUUAUGUCAGCAGAGUGAUAAGUUGGAACACUUUAGUCGACAGAUUGAAUACUUCCGCUCUCUUCUAGAUGAGCAUCACAUUUCUUACGUCAUAGAUGAAGAUGUAAAAAGUGGGCGCUAUAUGGAAUUAGAACAACGUUACAUGGACCUCGCUGAGAAUGCCCGUUGUGAACGGGAGCAGCUUCUUGGUGUCCAGCAGCAUUUAAGCAAUACUUUGAAAAUGGCAGAACAAGACAAUAAGGAAGCUCAAGAAAUGAUAGGGGCACUCAAAGAACGCAGUCACCAUAUGGAGCGAAUUAUUGAGUCUGAGCAGAAAGAGAAAGCAGCCUUGGCAGCCACGUUAGAGGAGUACAAAGCCACAGUGGCCAGUGACCAGAUAGAGAUGAAUCGCCUGAAGGCCCAGCUGGAGAAUGAAAAGCAGAAAGUGGCAGAGCUGUAUUCUAUCCAUAACUCUGGAGACAAAUCUGAUAUUCAGGACCUCCUGGAGAGUGUCAGGCUGGACAAAGAAAAAGCAGAGACUUUGGCUAGUAGCUUGCAGGAAGAUCUGGCUCAUACCCCAAAUGAUGCCAAUCGAUUACAGGAUGCCAUUGCUAAGGUAGAGGAUGAAUACCGAGCCUUCCAAGAAGAAGCUAAGAAACAAAUUGAAGAUUUGAAUAUGACGUUAGAAAAAUUAAGAUCAGACCUGGAUGAAAAAGAAACAGAAAGGAGUGACAUGAAAGAAACCAUCUUUGAACUUGAAGAUGAAGUAGAACAACAUCGUGCUGUGAAACUUCAUGACAACCUCAUUAUUUCUGAUCUAGAGCAUACAGUUAAAAAACUCCAGGAUCAAAAGCACGACAUGGAAAGAGAAAUAAAGACACUCCACAGAAGACUUCGGGAAGAAUCUGUGGAAUGGCGGCAGUUUCAGGCUGAUCUCCAGACUGCAGUAGUCAUUGCAAAUGACAUUAAAUCUGAAGCCCAAGAGGAGAUUGGUGAUCUGAAGCGCUGGUUACAUGAGGCUCAAGAAAAAAAUGAGAAACUCACAAAAGAAUUGGAGGAAAUAAAGUCACGCAAGCAAGAGGAGGAGCGAGGCUGGGUAUACAAUUACAUGAAUGCCGUUGAGAGAGAUUUGGCAGCCUUAAGGCAGGGAAUGGGACUGAGUAGAAGGUCCUCGACUUCCUCAGAGCCAACUCCUACAGUAAAAACCCUCAUCAAGUCCUUUGACAGUGCAUCUCAAGUACCAAACCCUGCUGCAGCUGCAAUUCCUCGAACACCCCUGAGCCCAAGUCCUAUGAAAACCCCUCCUGCAGCAGCUGUGUCCCCUAUGCAGGUGCUGGAAGUGGCUGAGAUGCUGCGGUGGAGGGGAGGCCAGGCCCCGCACUGUCUGGCUGGGGCACCCCGAGAAGAGAGACCAGAGGUAUCCUCGAAAUGUCAUCAACAAUCAGAAGUACAAUUUCUUCGCCUUUCUUCCUGGGGUGCUGUUCAACCAGUUCAAAUACUUUUUCAGCCUCUAUUUCUUACUUCUUGCCUGCUCUCAGUUUGUUCCCGAAAUGAGACUUGGUGCACUCUAUACCUACUGGGUUCCCCUGGCACAGUGAAGGUGAAGAGUUCUAACAUCCAAGUUGGAGACCUUAUCAUCGUUGAAAAGAACCAGCGGGUCCCUGCCGACAUGAUCUUCCUGAGGACAUCAGAAAAAAAUGGUACUGUUGUGGGUGUUGUUCUUUACACUGGCAGAGAACUCCGGAGUGUCAUGAAUACCUCAAAUCCCCAAAGUAAGAUCGGCCUGUUCGACUUGGAAGUGAACUGCCUCACCAAGAUCCUCUUUGGUGCCCUGGUGGUGGUCUCGCUGGUCAUGGUUGCCCUUCAGCACUUUGCAGGUCGUUGGUACCUGCAGAUCAUCCGCUUCCUCCUCUUGUUUUCCAACAUCAUCCCCAUUAGUUUGCGCGUGAACCUGGACAUGGGCAAGAUCGUGUACAGCUGGGUGAUUCGAAGGGACUCGAAAAUCCCCGGGACCAUGGUUCGCUCCAGCACGAUUCCCGAGCAGCUGGGCAGGAUUUCGUACUUACUCACAGACAAGACAGGCACUCUUACCCAGAGCGAGAUGAUUUUCAAACGGCUCCAUCUUGGAACAGUAGCCUAUGGCCUCGACUCAAUGGAUGAAGUACAAAGCCACAUCUUCAGCAUUUACACCCAGCAAUCCCAGGACCCACCAGCUCAGAAGGGCCCGACGCUCACCACUAAGGUCCGGCGGACCAUGAGCAGCCGCGUGCACGAAGCCGUGAAGGCCAUCGCGCUCUGCCACAACGUGACUCCUGUGUUUGAGUCCAACGGUGUGACCGAUCAGGCUGAGGCCGAGAAGCAGUACGAAGACUCCUGCCGCGUGUACCAGGCAUCCAGCCCCGAUGAGGUGGCCCUGGUACAGUGGACCGAAAGUGUGGGCUUAAGCCUGGUGGGCCGGGACCAGUCUUCCAUGCAGCUGAGGACCCCUGGUGACCAGAUCCUGAACUUCACUGUCCUGCAGAUCUUCCUUUCACCUAUGAAAGCAAACGUAUGGGCAUCAUUGUGCGGAGGCGGGGUUGUUGCCCAGGCUGGCCUCAAACUCUGGUCUCAAGGGAUCUCUCUCAAGGUGCUGGGAUUACAGGUAUGAGCCACUGCAGCAGACUCCUGCACCUUUUUGAACAACUAUUUCAGAGCUGGAUUCUGCUUUUGCGUAAAUGGCGGGCAACCAUAAGAGAGGCAUGGACGCAACUGACCCAAAGGCACAUUACAUAAUGUCUUUUGGAAUAAAGUAUUGUAUUUCCUUGGAUUUGAUAUUAUAUUUACCUGUUGCAUUCUGGGUACACCAUUUUGUUAGAGCAAUUUCCUAUGUAUUUCAACUCGUAUAUUACAGGUCAAUAAAAACAUCUUUUCUGUAUGCUCUUCAAAUUGUUUCAAACAACAAUCUUGCUUCAGUAGAGGGAAGGGGUAGAAGCAUUUAAAAUAUCCCUUGCAAAUAACCAUUAAGACCCUUACAAACCUAUAAACCUAUAAAAUAUAUAUUUUAUUGUCCACUGAGCAAGCUGUCAUGUCCAUAGGAAAUAAAUAAAAAUGACCACUUUAUUAUUGUUCCAGUGCUAGUAAACCACUAUAUAAAAACAUUCUAGGUUUCUGAGAUAUAUUUAACACUCUGAUGAUAAUAUGCAAGAAGUCAUAGUUUGGAGCCAUUAAGUAUAAAUCUAACAAGAUUGAUUGAUUUGGCCUAGUUUCAAGAUAAUAGAUAUUACCCAAGCAUUCAUCUUGCAAACGUGCAUUUUAUAUUAUAAAUAAUGCUUAAGAAACAAAGUCCUCAUAUCUUUGGGUACCUGCUCUCAUCCCACACCCUGGCUACUGCAGCCAGAGCUUCAUAGCUGUGUACAUGGGGAAUCUUAUAUGUAGUUCUACUUAUUUCAUGUGAGAGGAGCAAGAACUAUAGUUUUCUUUGUGUAUUCAUUUCAGUGUGUUAGGAGCUUUUCUUUAGAAGGGAGGAAUUUAUUUUUGCCUAUAUUCUGUUGGUACCCUAUCUAUGUUCAUUCAGGGUACUAUAACAGAAUGCAGUAGACUGAGUGGCUCAAACAACAGGAAGAUUUAUUUCUCACAGUUUGGGAAGCUGGGAAGUCCGAGGUCAAGAUGCUCAUGCCUUUGUGUCUGCUGAGGGUCUGCGUUCUGGUUCAUGGAUGGCUGUCUUCUCGCUGUGGCCUCACAUGGCAGAAGGGGAGAGCGAGCUCUCUGGAGCCUCUUUUAUAAAAGCACUAACUCCAUUCAUAAGGGCCGUGCCCUCAUUACCUAAUCACCUCCCGUAUGAAUUUGGGGGUGAUACAGACAUUCAGUCUACAGCAGAUCCACCAAAAUUAUGGUAUCUUGUACAUUUAUUUUUAUUUUAUUUAUUUAUUUAUUUUAUUUUGUUUUGAGACGGAAUCUCCCUCUAUCAUCCAGGCUGGAGUGCAGUGGUGCAAUAUCAGCUCACUGCAACCUCUGCCCCCGGGUUCAAGCAAUUCUCCUGUCUCAGCCUCCUGUGUAGCUGGGAUUACAGGGGCACACCACCAUGCUAGUUUUUGUCUUUUAGUAGAGAUGGGGUUUCACCAUGUUGGCCAGGCUGGUCUUGAACUCCUGACCUCGAGUAAUCCACCCGCCACGGCCUCCCAAAGUGCUGGGAUUACAGGCGUAAGCCACUGUGCCUGGCAUAUCUUACAUAUUUAAUAACACCAGGAAUCUCUCUUUUGGCGGCCCCUUGCCCCUUGGGAAUGCUCUAGUAUACAGAAAGUGAGAAGUCUGCACAUGUUCCUCUAUGACGUCUGCCAUUCAAAGUGAUCAGUGCCAUCCAGCGCAGUCCUGUCACAUCCAACCUGUUGGGACCAACUGUCUUAUUUAACCUAGAAGCUAGCCACACUCUUCUUUUACUCCUCACCUUAUUUGUUUUUGGUGUUGCAUUUGCAUUUAAAUACUGCAUUCUGUAAUGCAACAAGUGACUGUUUCCACUGACUUGUAUAAUUAUCCAAUUGCUCUGCACAACAAAGUCCCCAAACCUAGAAUGUACUGAAAGGUCUUCAUGAAGGCCAUACGUUGAAGUUUUCAUUGCCAAAGUAGGGGGUAUUUCCCCCAGGAUGUCUGCCAUUAUUUCAGACCAUCUUUCCCGUUGAUAAAGGCUUUUUCAGGUUUGAGUUUCUGGCUGCCUUCACUUCCCACCUCUAUCACUAUAUUGCAGUUACAGCAAAAAAGAACUAUCACACAUGAGCAUUAAUCAGUUGGGUCCCCCCCAGGUACCAUGCUGGAUGUUUUCCUCUCAUUUAGUUCUUGUAAGUAGGAAGGGGGCAAGAAAGCUCACAUUUACUGAGCAUCAACUAUGUGCUGAACAUCAUGUUGAGAACUUGAUAUAUGUUAUUCUGAACUCCAAGAGAAAAGAAAGAAAAUUUGAAGAAAUAGACUGUACAUUGAAAAAUGUAAGUCUCAGAUCAUGAAGCGAAUAGGAGAGAUAACCAGUAUUCAAACCCAGAUACAUUUGAUUUAAAAGCAUGAACACUGCUCCAGGUGAGGGAUGUCAGCUUCACUUCACAGAUGAAGCCCCUAAGACUCCCAGCAGAACUGAGGAGCAGAGCUGGGAUUCAUACCUGGUGUGUCGGCAUCAUGCCAACACAGUACGUUUGUUAGAGACCAGUAGGUGCUCUGUCUGUCCUAAUUCCAUUUUUGGUUUUUGCUGGACAGCACAUGCAUCUAUAAAUGCCAGUCCCAGAGUUUUGUGACCUCUCUCAUUUUUAUCUGAUUGGCUUUUUAACUAUAUAUUGUUUAUUAGAGUUGUCAGCUAUUAAGGAAAAUACAAAAGGCAGCUGGAAAUCUAAUUAGAAUUUCUGUCUUUUAUCUUGUAGAACUUGAACAAACAUAAUGAGGCCAGAGUUCAAUGGACAUUUGAAGAUGUGUUUAAUUACACAUAGGAACAUCUCCUAUUACAGCAGAGCUUGAUAUUUCUACACUAUCCACUAGAAAAAACAAAAAUGAAGCUUGCUAUACAGACCAAAUGGACAAUGCACAAUUGUCCUGUGGCAUUGUCUGAUUCUUCCAGUAACUGGCUGGCCUCUUUGCUUUCUUCUUCUUUUUAGAGCCUCACUUUCCUUUCUGCAUAUAUGUGUUCCUUUUAUAAGCCGACUUGAAUUUUGUUUGGCAAAGAAAUAAGACAUAAGUAACUUUCCUAAAAAAGGAAGAAGGGAAGAAGAAUAGAAGAAAAGAAAAGUAAAAAGCACUGGAUAAAGCUAAUAAGGCCUAGAGCAGAAGAUAUCAUCUAAGGAUAUGCCUAUUCAUCAGGGUAGCCACUCAGAAAAUGACAGAGAAAUGUACGAUUUUACCUGUUACCCAGAAGGGGCCAAAGAUAGUUGUGUAAGAGCUGUCUGAAAAGUCAGAUCCCUUUAUCUUUUAUUAAAGAUAACAUGAUAUUUCUUAUUUCCCAGAUGAGGAAUGAGUUGUUUUCCCCCUCCUAUAUUUCAGUUGAGAACAAUGCUGCUUAUUCUAUUUGUAUGUCAUAUUUCAUGAAGCAUUUUCUUUUAUCACAGCUAAUAAUGAUAGGAGAUGCUAACUACAGCGGUACAAAAAGUGUGAUAAGGGCACAGAUAGAUGUUUUAUAGCCUAAAUAUGAUCCUAGGAACAUAUCCAUCUCUUCAUUGUCAUUUGUCCCAAACCACACAGACAGGUUCCUGCUGUACAGUAAAAGGUCACCCUUUUAAAAAUAAUGAGUCUAAAAUCCUCAGUUGUAACAUCUGAUGUGAUUUUCAAAUUUUGAAAAUUCCCCUUUAAGUGAGGGAGGCUGCAAGUCUACUAAGACUAAAAUGCUUUUUUUUUUUUUUUUAAUUUUGCAGCUAUAUUAAAUUCAAGUGAUUGGGGCCUCUUGAAUUAUCCAGAAUUCCUGCUUCCUGCUGUGCUCACUAAUACCUGGGCUUUGAGGCCCAUUACAGUACAUUAUGCGCACCAUGUUGAAUUCUGAUUAUCUCCAUUUCACAGGAGGCACAUGCUCAGAUUGUGAUUUGUGUUAUUUUCGGGUAAUAACUGCUCUUUUGAUUUAAACCAAAUCUUGGAAGGGAUCUGCCAGGCAUCAGUAGCAUUUUGCUUCUACUGAAUGCCCAUAGGAAGAGGGAGUGUCUGGUUUUCAAAGGACUGAGGCUUACUCAUUUGUUUUAGCAAAUACGACAUUCACCUCUUCCUCUGCUGGGGUUCAUCCGUGAACACGGGUGUGUCUGGAUAGUCAUGGGCUUCUUGUGUGAGAAGUGAUGGGUGCACCCCAUCUUUAUUCUUACUUCUGGUAGCACCAUCAGUGAACCCUUGGCCCUCACGAACUGAUCCACCAAGUCUUCCUGGGAUAUUGGAUAUUGGUUGUUUGGAUAUUGGAAGUUUGAAUAUGGAUAUUGGUUGGUAGAUGUUUCAGCAGCCCCUGCCUAGGGACAGGAGUCAAAUGUCACAUGUAGUUACUUAUAAUGUACACAAUUUUCUUAAAACAUUUUGGAUUCUUUAAAAGCAAUAACUCUAAUUUGCUUUUUGUAAUUUGGAAUUUGGGAAACAUGAACAAAUAAAAA